CACACAUGGUUCGCAUCCCCCCAGAUCAAUAGUCUUGUGUACCACCCGUCUCACGGCCAACCACAUUCUCUGCUCACACUUACACAUACACACACACACAUACACACACACAUAUACACUGACACACACAUGACAUUCCCUCACACACAUACACACACACACACACACACAUACACACGUGAAACCCAGUGAAUGUGCGUCCGCGGUUUAGUGAAGUAUACAAGUGUAGAGGCGGAGGCUGGCCAGUGACACGCCCUGUGCAGCUGCAGCGCCCAUAUGCGAUAGUGAGGAGCGCGUGGCAACGUGGUCUGGCUGACCUCUCCGACCAGGGAGGAGACGACGGCUCUUCAUAGAUACUUGACAGGUGAUCGCUGACGACGACGGCGGCGGCACCCGUCCUGCCUGAAGGAAGGACUUUGGACGGCGGCCUGUACCCCAUUAAGGUCGAAGGCCAUACCUAAGACAGAGGAUUCGCAAUGGGUGAUCUUCAAUACAAACUGCACUGCAGUGCCAGGGUGGGCGACACGGAUGGGGUGGAACGGGCACUGGAAGAGGGGGCUCAAGCAGCACUCCCAGACGACGCCAUGUCCCGCGAGCCCCUGCAUCAUGCUUGUGCUGGUGGCCAUGUCGAAGUGGCGAAGCUGCUGCUCGCUCAUGGCUCCAACCCUAACAGUGUUAGUAGGCAUGGCGGCGAUGCAGGAGCAACACCUGUCCAUCUGGCAGCUGAGGGGGGUUACAGUCGUGUGCUGAGGGUGCUACUGGCUGCCGGGGCUGAUGCUGAUGUCUUUGAUUACAAUGGAAUGCAGCCAGUGCACCGCGCUGCAACCCGAGGUCGCAAGAAAGUGCUGGAGGUGCUUCGUGAUCACGGGUGUGACUUGUCUUCCCGGGUUGCCACUGACUGGUCUACUACCCUCCACCAUGCUGCUGCCCAUGGUGACCUGGACCUGGUGAAGUGGCUCGUCUAUAAUGGGGUCAGAUAUGACUUGACUGACAAGGCUGGCCGGACAGCUCAGUACUAUCCAAGGGCCAGGUACCACCGCAAGGUUCAGAAAUUCCUGCGGUUUAUUGCAAAGAUGAACAAGCGGCCACAAAGUCAUACUCAAGCUGGAAACUUGAGCAGCGAGUCAAUUCAGGCAAAACUUGCUUCCUACACCAGAGCAACUGCCUUCACUACUGCCACACGAGGCAAAGGAGAGAGUACUCACAAGAUGGAUCUAAACUCUAUCAAUACACGGAUAUUAUCAAGAGGAAAUAAGGAAUGGACAGAUGAGAAAUUGAAGAAAAUGAACAAAUCAGGAGAUGGCAUUAUAGAGCAAAAUUUAACGAAUGCAGACGCACAGUUUGGUAAUGACACCAAGGACAUUCAAACUUCAAACCUGCCUGAUAUUAUUCCAAAGCCACUGGAGAUUAAAAAAGCCUUUUCAAAGAAAGGCGAAAAGCCCAUUGUGGACUCGUCAAAGAGAAAACCCAAAGAGGACUCUAAGAAAGAAGGCAAGAAGCAAACUGAAGCAGGAGGAAAGAACCAUGCGGCCCUCAAUCCGAAGACAGACUUGCCAGGGGAAAAGAAGAAAGGUGUAGCAAGGGGAGCAAAACAGACCGAAACGAGUGGCUCGAGGAAGGAAGACCCAAGAGCAGAGCAACAACACCCAGAGGCAAGUUUGCAAGAGAAAAUGGAGCCAAAGGUUGUUCCAUCAAGGCUAGAGGAAGUAGGGGUGACUGAAGAAAAGAUUGGAAAGGGAGUUGAUAAAGUAUUGGAACCAGAGAAAGAAAACAAAAGGGAUGGACGAUCCACGAGAGAACCAAAGAAGGCAGGAAUGAAGAAAGAGGACAAAAAGACAGAAAAUGAGCAGACUAGUACUACAAAAACUUUGCUGAAGAUGGAGGAGGGAGGAGGAAAGAAGGAAGCCAGCAAGGAAGAGUUAAAAAUGGAAAAAACAAACAUAAUGAAAACAAAGAAAGAAGCGGCAAAUGUAAAGAAAACAAAGAAGGAAGAGGCAGAGACAGAAAAAGCAAUGCAAACGAAAGAUGAAGCAGACUCGCAAGAAGUUGCCCAGAAAAUAAAGGCCGUGGGUAUGACAACGAAGGAAAAAACAAAGACUGAAGUUAUCCAAACAAAAACUAAAAACGAGGAAGCAAAAUUGGAAGGAAAUGCACUGAAAACAAAGGAAAAUGAAAAACCAGAAGAAACGAAUAAAGUGAAAGCAAAGAAGGAAGAAGCCAAAACAAAAGCCCCAGUGCAAUCGAAGAAUGAAGGAAAAGCUGAAGAAAUUGUCUUGAAAGAAAAGAGGGAAGAGGCAAAAGCAGAAAAUGCAAACGCCGUUAAAACUAAGAAGGAAGAAGCAAACAUAAAGAAAAAGAAAGAAUCUAAUAUGGAGGCUGGAAUGAAGAAAAGGAUGGAAGAAUCGACUAAGGCAGAAGUAACGACACAAGUGAGCGUAAAUCAAUUAAAACAAGAAACUAGCAAAGAUACAAAAACAAAGGAAGCCAAGAAGUUUGGAGCAAAGACAGGGAAACAAACAAUUGAAGAAAAUGGUGAAGAAAAUGCCGUGAAUGAGACUGCUAAAACCAGAAUGACAAAGACACAGUCGACACCAAAUAUUACUGAAGACAUGAAAGAAAGUGAUGGAAAAACAAGUAGGAAGAAUUUCAAAGCAAAGCAAGAAGAGGUAAAAGCAAUCAAAGCAGAAGAAACAGACUUAAAGAAAAUUGAACCUAGUGUCAAUGGUGAACAAAUUACAGAACGUAAAGCAAAUAAAAGGAAAGCAGAAGACUCAAAGACAGGAGUAAUAAAAGCUGACAAAUUGACCAGCGGAACAAAUAAAGAAAGGCAGAGAGAAGAUCCUAAACGAGGUAAGAUUGGUAAAGUUGAGAUAAAUGGUAAUGAUGGAUUUAAAGAAACCCAAAUAGAUGGGAUGGAUAGAAAAGAACAGAAAUCGUGUAAUGCAGAGUUAAAGGAAGACGGAGAUAGCACAACAAAAGUGUCUAGAGAGCCUGUAGGUUCAGCAGUACCACCGAUUACUCCAGUGUGUACUGUGUCGGUGAAGCCUAAGGUACCUGUAGCAAAUCGGAAGUCGACAGAACCUGUAGUAUCGGCAACCCCAAAACCCAACAAAGCUGCGGAACCUAGCAUGCCUGCAGCCAAUUCAAAACCCAGCAAUGAACUAGAACCUAGCAGGCCUGCGACCAAUCCAAAACCCAGGAAAGAUUCAGAAUCUAGCAUGCCUGCGGCCAAUCCAAAACCCAGGAAAGAUUCAGAACCUAGCAUGCCUGCGGCCAAUCCAAAACCCAGGAAAGAUCUAGAACCUAGCAUGCCUGCGGCAAAUCCAAAACCCAGGAAAGAUUCAGAACCUAGCAUGCCUGCGGCCAAUCCAAAACCCAGGAAAGAUUCGGAACCUAGCGUGCCUGCGGCCAAUCCAAAACCCAGGAAAGAUUCGGAACCUAGCGUGCCUGGAUCCAAUCCAAAACCCAGCAAAGCUGCAGAACCUAGCGUGCCUGGAUCCAAUCCAAAACCCAGCAAAACUGCAAAAUCUAGCAUGUCUGGAGCCAAUCCAAAACCUAGCAAAGCUGCAGAGCCUAGCGAGUCUGGAGCCAAUCCAAAACCCAGCAAAGCUGCGGAACCUAGGGAGUCUGGAGCCAAUCCAAAACCCAGCAAAGCUGCGGAACCUAGGGAGUCUGGAGCCAAUCCAAAACCCAGCAAAGCUGCGGAACCUAGGGAGUCUGGAGCCAAUCCAAAACCCAGCAAAGCUGCGGAACCUAGGGAGUCUGGAGCCAAUCCAAAACCCAGCAAAGCUGCGGAACCUAGCGAGUCUGAAGCCAAUUCAAAACCCAGCAAAGCUGCAGAACCUAGCGUGCCUGGAUCCAAUCCAAAACCCAGCAAAGCUGCAAAAUCUAGCGUGUCCGGAGCCAAUCGCAAAGCUGCAGAGCCUAGCGAGUCUGGAGCUAAUCCAAAACCCAGCAAAGCUGCAGAGCCUAGCGAGUCUGGAGCUAAUCCAAAACCCAGCAAAGCUGCGGAACCUAGGGAGUCUGGAGCCAAUCUAAAACCCAGCAAAGCUACAGAGCCUAGUGAGUCUGGAGCCAAUCCAAAACCUAGCAAAGCUGCCGAGCCUAGCGAGUCUGGAGCCAAUCCAAAACCCAGCAAAGCUGCGGAACCUAGCGAGCCUGGACCCAAUCCAAAACCCAGCAAAGCUGCGGAACCUAGCGUGCCUGGAUCCAAUCCAAAAUCCAACAAAGCUGCAAAAUCUAGCGUGUCCGGAGCCAAUCCAAAACCCAGCAAAGCUGCAGAGCCUAGAGAGUCAGGAGCCAAUCCAAAACCCAGCAAAGCUGCGGAACCUAGAGAGUCUGGUGUCAAUCCAAAAUCCAGUAAAGCUGUGGAACCUAGCGAGUCAGGAGCCAAUCCAAAACACAGCAAAGCUACAGAGCCUAGUGAGUCUGGAGCCAAUCCAAAACACAGCAAAGCUGCUGAACCUCUGGUGCCUGCAGCCAACCCGAAACCCACUGAACCUCUGGUGCCUGCAGCCAACCCGAAACCCACUGAACCUCUGGUGCCUGCAGCCAACCCGAAACCCACUGAAACUCUGGUGCCUGCAGCCAACCCGAAACCCACUGAACCUCUGGUGCCUGCAGCCAACCCGAAACCCACUGAACCUCUGGUGCCUGCAGCCAACCCGAAACCCACUGAACCUCUGGUGCCUGCAGCCAACCCGAAACCCACUGAACCUCUGGUGCCUGCAGCCAACCCGAAUCCCACUGAAUUGGCAGCACCUCGGGUGUCUGCAGCAAGCACAACAUCCACUGAAUUGACAGAACCUCUGGCAACUGCAGCCAACCCAAAUUCCAAUGAAUCGGAAGAACCUCUGGCACCUGCAGCCAACCCAAAACCCACUGAGCUGGCAGAACCUCUGGCAUCUGCAGGAAAUCCUGGAUCUACUAUGACACAGUCUUGUGAAGGGCUUCCCGUAUAUGUAACAUCUAAACCAGAAGAAUAUCCUGCAUCUCGAUCACUCUCUGAUUGUACAGAACCCUGGGAGUCUGCAGUGCAUACAGCACAGUCUGAAUUGCCAGAACCUCUGGUGUCCGUAUUACACACGGAAUCGGUAGAACCAGUGGUGUCUCCAGUAUCUUCUGUGGUACCUACUUAUUCACCAGAACCUCUGUUAUGUACAGCCCCUACAGAAUCGGUUGAACCCCAGGUGUCUGUAUUACCAGCAGAGUCGACUGAACCUUGGUCUCGUUCAGCACCUGCCGAGUUGGUAGAACCGUGGGAAUCUGCCGCAUCUCCGGCAUUGUCUAAUUUUGAAGAACCUCGGGUUUCUGUGGCACCUACCGAGACGGUAAAGCCUCUUGGGUCAUCAGCGUCUACUGAGGUACCAGAACCAUGGAUGCCUGCAAUGCCUAGCACGCCGACCGAACCUAAAGCGUCUCCAACGUGGGUACCAACUGUGUUGGCAGAGCCUCCAGUAUUAGUAACGCCUACUGAUUCUUCAGAACCUCAGGUACCAAAAGGGGCAGUUGCCCUAAUGCAUGGCUUGCAAGCUGUGGGCAAUAAGACGAUCACUUGGAACCCUUCUGAUGAGGGGGAGCAACGUGCUGGACAGCUCGGGGAGAAGGGACAGGCAGCAGUUCUGGUUACAAAUGGGGAACAAACAGUUGCCCAGCUUACAGAGAAAGUGGGACAUCUUACAGACCAGCUUGUAAACAGAAAACAGAUGGUCACUGAGCUCAGAGAUGAGGUGGGAAGUCUUAAAAAUCAGCUCUUAAGCAGGGAACAGACGAUAGCUAAAAUAACAAGUUCAUUGGGACGUCUUACAGACCAACUUACAAAUAAAGGACAGGAAGUCAUGCGUCUGUCAAACAAGGUGGGAUAUUUCAUGGAAGAACUCACAAAUAGGGAGCAGACAAUUGCCCAGCUCUCGGUAGAAUUAAACAGACUCGGAAAUCAGCUCUCAUUUAAGGAAAAGACGAUUGCCCAACUAAAACGCAAGGAACAAAUGGUAGUCCAGUUAACAGAUGAAGUAGGACAUCUUACAGACCAGCUUAGAAAUAAGGAAGAAACUGUUGCCCAGCUGACAAAUGAGUUGAGAGCUCUUAAAGAUCAUCUUACAAACAGUAAACAGGCAGUAACUCAGCUCACAAAUGAAAUGGGACGCCUCACAAUCAAGGAACAAGAAAAUGAACAGUUCACAAACAAGGUAGAACACCUUGCAGGCCAACUUGCAAACAAAGAAGAAACGGUCAAUCAGCUCCAAAAUGAGGCAAGACGCCUUGCAGACCAGCUUGCAAAUGGAGAAGAAAUUAAAAUCCAGCUUGCAAAUGAGGCAGCAUGCCUUAAAGACCAGCUCUCAAAAGAAGAGGAGACAGUCGCUCGGCUAUCAAAUGAAGUGGGACUUCUUGCGGAUGAGCUCACCAGCCGGGAAGAGGCAGUUGCUCAGCUCACUAAUGAGGUGGAAUAUUUCGGUGACCAGCUCGCACAGAGAGAAGAGGGACUUAUCCAGCUCACAAAUAAGAUGCAACAUCUCUCAAAUCAGCUCGCAAACAAAGAGGAAAUGGUCGACCAACUUGCUCAUAAGGUGGAAGAGCUCACAAAUCUGCUAAAAGAUAAGGACGAGAGACUACUUCAAUUAACAAAUGAAGUAGAUGAUCUUAAAGGCCAGCUCAGAGAUAGAAAAGAUGCAGUUGACCCAUUCACCGAAGAAUUGAAAUGUCUUGAAGGCCAGCUCAGAAAAGAGAUUGAUAAUCUCAGAGAUCAGAUUACAAGUAAAGAACAAACAAUUACCGAGCUCACUAGCAAGGUGAGGCACCUUACAGAUCAACUUGAAAGCAUGGACACAACAGCUACUUCCACUCAGGAGGAAGAAAGGUUAGCAGCAGCAAGAGAGCGGGAUGACGCCAGGGUGCAGGUCAUCUCGAUGCUUCAGGGGAGAGUCGACCACUUGUCACUCCAGCUGGUGGAGAGCGACAGGCAGGCACUGAAGAUACAGGAGAAACAUAAGGCACUCUGCCAGACACUAGAGACAGAGAAAAGACAGAGGGAAGAAGAGAGAGAAACUAGUCAACGGGAGAUAGCGUCUUUGACCUCACAACUACAGACGAUCACCAACAUGUCUAAGGAACCCGAGGAUUCUAGUAGCAAAAUAAAGAGAAGUGGGCUUAGGAGCCUCCCCAGCCUAGGCAACAUCAGCUACAUAAAUUCAGUCCUUCAGUGCCUCUUCAGCAUUAGUAGCAUCAAAGACUACUUCACCAGUGACUCGUACAGGAAUGAUGUGAACGAGAACAGCGAGAAUCGUGGAAGAGUUGCUACAGCCUUGGGUCAGGUCAUGAAGGCCUUUCAGUCUGAACAAGGCACUGUUGAGGCUCUUGGCAACUUCAAGGCAGUAAUGGAGAGCUGCAGUAGGAAAGUUACCUUUAACGUGCAGGAAGACGACGACGACAACGAUGAUGAUGACCAAGAGGUGGUGGUAGAGGGUUGUGAUCUUCUAGCGUUGCUCCUGACAAAGCUGCAUCAGGACCUGACACCCAUCACUAUGUACAGGUGCAGUCUCAAGCAUCUUCGGGAGCCUGAGGAACUAAAGUGCUCUUCCGUGGUGUCACGGAUGUUUCACAGUGUACAAGAGACUCAUGUGACCUGCACCAGGAGCAACCUCAUUGUUGCACGUACAAGGGAGCACUUCCCUGUCCUCAACCUGGACCUUCGCACAGAUUGUUUACUAGAGGACCUAAUCAAGCAACACUAUGAGCCCAGGCACGUAAUGUGGCCCUGCUCUGCCUGUGGACGACCUCACAUGUGCCAGCAAGUCUUCUAUCUUGUGCGCCUCCCUCAACUUCUUGUUGUCUGCCUUAAUCGCAGUAAGACUAAGGAGACUCGAAUUGGCUUCCCCCUCGAAGACCUAAGUCUUCAGGAGUGCAGCAUGCCCUUUAUACGCAGUAAAGUGUACAGCUUGUGGGCCGUCUGUGGUCAACGAAGUGAAGAGAGCGCCUCCACUUGCAUCACCAAUAGUGCCAACUCUUCCACAAUCGACCCCAAUAAGACCAGUAACAUUCCUAAUGAUACCACCACCACUGACACCAUCACCACCAGUUUUGCAACAGAUACCAAUCUCACCACUACUACCACCAGCAGUAACUUUGCAACUGAUGCUAGUACAAUUAGCACCACUGAAAACUCUGAACCGGACACUGGUUUCCCCACCACUAGCUUUGUGAAUGAUACCAGUGCCAGCACUACCAGCAGCUUUGCAACCAGUGACACUGCUACCACCACUAACACCACCAGUAGCUUUGCAACUGAUACUAGUAUGGUAUCAUGCAGCAGCACUGAAACUGACGCAAAUGAGCACACCACUGGUAGCUGUACCCCAUACAGUGCUUUCUGCCGUUUUACGGACAAGAGGCGGUGGCGAGAUUGCAGUGGGAAGUUGCAAGAGGAAUAUCCCAGCACACUCCUGCAGGACUCGCACCCCACCAUUCUUUUCUAUGUUGCACAAAACUGAAACCUUUAUCUCGCUUGUCAUUUUUUUUUUUAUUUAUUUACAUAGCUGAUAAUUUAUGUAUUAAUCUUGUACUUCCUGACCUGUGCUUUUGUUACAACAGCUAAUAGUCAAAUGUCGAGCAACAUUGUCUGGGCAUUACAUGUGCAGCAUCGGGCUGCAUGCAAGGUCAUUCUCAAACAGUUACAAAAGGUAAUUACAGUAUGUAUCUGAAACAAGACAUGCUGACCAUUUUUGUUUGUUUUUGGCUUUACUGAGAGCUUCAACUGAGCCACAUUUAGUGGAAGAAAGGAAUGUUAUAAGCAAGCUAAUUGGGUAACUCAAUGGUGUUGGCAAGUCCCCGAUUUGAGACUUUUGUGAUAGCAUGUCAAAUUGGUGCUUUUUGCAGCUACUACCACAGCAGAUGCAGUGUGGGCUGACUAUAGUGUUCUGUCCUUUUAUAGACUAAGGGUGUCAAUGACAUAUUUAAGAAGUUGCUAGCUAAUCUGGAGUAAAAGCUCCUAAAUUUCUUUAACUGUUGAUAAUUCAUAUGCUUUGAUGUGAUGGAGACUUGAUACACAGCCUAAUGCAAAAGACGGUGGCUCACAUGUGUUGAUCAUAAUAAGGCAGAGGCCUCGUAUUUGCUUUCCCUUAUCCACAGACAGUGGCAGAAUGAUACACAUACGGCCCUACUUUUACCAACCAACCAGCUAGUACUCUAUAAUUGGCAAUUGCUCCAAACUUUUGUAUGCAAAAUUGUAAUAAUCAUAAAUUACCAUUAUAUGUUUAUACCACAUAUGCAUGUAGUACUGCAAUAAAAGGCAUUAUUAUAA